AUGGACGGUGCACCGGUCGAGACCGAUCCGCGCGCGAUCUGGCAGCGUUUCGCCGAGAACUGGCAUCUGUUCCGCGGCACGCCGACGCGGCUGUGGCUGGACUAUACGUUCGAGAAGCUGUUCGGGCUGACCGAGCCGCUGAGCGCCGCGACCGCAACUGAGGCCUACGAGCAGAUUGACGCCUGCCUCAAGCGCGACGAAUUCCGGCCGCGCGCGCUUUUCGAGCGGUUCAACAUCGAGGUGAUCAGCACCACCGAGGGCGCGCUCGAUCCGCUCGAACAUCACCGGGCGAUCGCAGAAAGCGACUGGCAGGGCCGUGUGGUGACAACCUACCGGCCCGAUGCGGUGAUCGAUCCCGACCAUGAAAGCUUUUCCGGCGCGCUCGAUGCGUUCGGCGAGCUGACGGGCUGCGAUACGGGACGCUGGCCGGGCUAUCUGGAUGCCCAUCGUGUCCGCCGCGCCUUUUUCCGCAGCCAUGGCGCGACGGCCACCGACCACGGGCUCCAAUCGGCUCGGACCGCCAACCUGUCGGGUGCCGACGCACAAGCAUUGUUCGACCGUAUCCGGUCGGGACGGGCGGGCGAGGGCGAUGCCGACCUGUUUCGUGCGCAGAUGCUGACCGAGAUGGCGAAGAUGAGUGUCGAGGACGGCAUGGUGAUGCAGAUCCACCCCGGCUCGGUGCGCAACCAUCAUGGCGGCGUGUUCGAGACCUACGGCCGCGACAAGGGUUUCGACAUUCCGGCCGCCAUCGACUACGUCCACGCGCUGCGGCCGAUGCUCGACGCGGUGGGCAUGGAGCCCGGCCUGUCGGUGAUCGUCUUCACGCUGGACGAGACCAGCUAUGCGCGCGAACUGGCGCCGCUCGCCGGCGUCUACCCCUCGCUGAAGCUGGGACCGGCCUGGUGGUUCCAUGACAGCCCGGAGGGCAUGCGGCGCUUUCGCGAGAUGACGACGGAGACGGCGGGCUUCUACAACACGGUCGGCUUCAAUGACGACACACGCGCCUUCCCUUCGAUCCCGGCGCGCCACGACAUCGCCCGGCGGGUCGAUUGUGCGUUCCUUGCGCGGCUCGUGUGCGAUCACCGCCUGCGCGAGGACGAGGCGUUCGAGCUGGCGCGCGAGCUGACGGUGGACCUGCCGAAUGAGCCGAUCCGCCUGACCAAAGACACUGUUGACCAUGCCGCCGCGCGCCGGCCCGGCUAUGACCGCGCAAGGGUUACGCCCGGCAUCGUGCAUCUGGGCGUCGGCAAUUUCCAUCGCGCUCAUCAGGCCGUUUUUAUCGACGAUUGCCUGGCGUCGGACGGAACGUGGGGCAUUCGCGGCGUAUCGAUGCGCCGGCCCGACAUGCGCGAUGCGCUGGCGCCGCAGGAUGGUCUCUACACGCUGGCAGUCAAGGACGGCGCGUCCACCGAAGCCCGCAUCGUCGGGUCGAUCCUCGAUGUGCUGGUCGCGACCGAGGGUGUCGAGCCGGUGCUGGCCGCGUUGACCGAUCCGGCAACGCGGAUCGUCAGCCUGACGGUGACGGAGAAGGGCUAUUGCCGCGAUCCGGCGACCGGCGAUCUCGAUCCGGACAACGCGGUCAUCAAGGCCGAUCUGGCCCGCCCCGGUCGACCGGCAACGGUGCCGGGGCUUCUGGUCGAAGCGCUGCGCCGGCGGCGACAGGCCGGUGUUGCCCCUUUCACCGUUCUGUCCUGCGACAACCUUCCGUCCAACGGCAAAACGCUGGGCCGGAUCGUCGGCCAGUACGCCGCGCUUGCCGACAACGCUCUUUGUGAAUGGAUCGCCGGCCAUGUCGCCUUUCCGUCCAGCAUGGUCGACCGGAUCGUGCCGGCGACGAGCGAUGCGGACCGGGCUGAGGUCGAGGCCUUGAUCGGUCUCGAAGAUGCCUGGCCGGUCGUCACCGAGCCCUUCACGCAAUGGGUCAUCGAGGACAUUUUUCCAGCAGGCCGGCCCGAUCUCGCCGCGGCCGGCGCCGAACUGGUGACCGAUGUGGAACCCUUCGAGCGCAUGAAGCUGCGCAUGCUCAAUGGCGCCCAUUCGACGCUGGCCUAUUUCAGCCAGCUUCUCGGGCACGAGACGGUGGCCGAUGCCAUGGCGGAUGACGCGCUUGCGCGGCUCAUCGCGCAGGUGAUGGGCGAGGCUGCCGCGACGCUCGAUCUUCCGGCCUCCGACCUUGCGCGCUCCGGGACCGCGCUGCGGACCCGGUUCCGCAACCCGGCGCUGAAGCACAGGACCGCGCAGAUCGCCAUGGACGGCAGCCAGAAGAUCCCGCAGCGGCUGCUCGGCACGAUCGCCGACGCACAUGCUGCGGGCAAGCCGUGGGAUGGCCUGGCAAGCGGCGUGGCGGCCUGGAUCGCCUUUCUUCGGCAAGGUCCGGUCGACGAUCCGAUGGCCGGCCGGUUUUCGGCGCUCGCCGCCCGUCAUGCCGAUCCGGUACGCCAUGCCAAUGCGGUGCUCGAUCUGCGUGAGGUCUUCGGCACGCUGUCGGAUGCCGACUGGUUCACAAGCCGGAUGCGGUCGCUUGUCCAGACCAUGGCCGACGAAGGUCCGCGCGCGGUCCUGCCGCAAUGA